UCUUCAUAGAUUAUUAUGCUUGUUUCACUAGAAAAACAAUUAACCUUAAGUAUUUUCGCUUUGCUUCAGGAAUUAAGUGAUCUACAACGAGACCCACCUGCUCAUUGUUCUGCUGGACCCGUGGGGGAUGACUUGUUCCACUGGCAAGCAACUAUUAUGGGACCUCCUGAUAGCGCCUAUCAAGGUGGAGUCUUCUUUCUCACUGUACAUUUUCCGACAGACUAUCCUUUUAAGCCACCAAAGAUUGCUUUCACAACAAAAAUUUACCAUCCAAACAUAAACAGUAAUGGAAGUAUUUGUCUUGAUAUCCUGAGGUCGCAAUGGUCACCAGCUCUGACUGUAUCAAAAGUUUUAUUGUCCAUAUGUUCUCUACUUUGUGAUCCUAAUCCAGAUGACCCCUUAGUACCAGAUAUUGCACAAAUCUAUAAAUCAGACAAAGAAAAUAUACCUACAGAUACAACAGACAUGCAAGAGAAUGGACUCAGAAAUAUGCAAUGUAAAGUCAAAAAAAAUUUCAUAUAUACCAGAGUACUGUAAAAUCUAGGUUUUUUUCAACAUUAGCAGUAAAUUGAGCACUGUUUACUGUUUCAUUGUAUCAUGAAAUCCUUUGAUUUUUACCCAUUUUACAUGUAUUUCUGAAGCAAGACAAAACAAACUUCCAAAAAUACCCUUCAGACUGUGAUGAGAGCAUUUGUCAUUUUGUAUGCAUUGAGAAAGACAUUUAUUAUGGUUUUUAAGAUACUUGGACAUCUGCAUCUUCAGCUUACAAGAUCUGCAAUGCAUCUGAAAAGCAACCAAAUUAUUUUUUGCUGAAACUAAAUGUUUUUACAUGAGAAAUGCUGUAUGUGUUGUCUAAGAUGUCAUCAGUUUUAUAAAUCUGUAUUCAUAUUCAUUCUUUGUUAGCUCACUUUAUAAUUUGUAUUUUUUUACUGUAUAGACUAAAUAUAUUCUAUUUACAUGUAUGUCAACUCAUUACCUUUUUCCUGUGAACAGUAUUGAAAAAACCCAACAGCUGGUAAUUAAAUGAAUUAACUGUCUGUCUCCCUUGUCUUAGGGUAAUCGGUAGAUUGAUCGCAGAUUUCUUAAACCUGAAAGGAUCUUUACACUGUAAUUCUCAGUAUCCUGAUUAUGGAGAAACACUUGUUUUGAUUUUGUUAUACUUGACUUAACUUUAUUGCAAUGUGAAUUAAUUGCACUGCUAAGUAGGAAGAUGUGUAACUUUUAUUUGUUGCUACUCACAUUUGAGUUUUUCUUCUGUAUAGGCAAUGUUAUAUUGACACCUUUUACAGAUAUUAAUGUAGCUUUUUCCAUAUAAAUAAAAUGCUUUUUCUACUA